GGCCGCUGAGGCCCGCGGCUCCGCCCUGUGGCUGCGCUUGUCUAUAAAGUUGUUGAGGUGGCGCGGCGCUAAGAUGGCGGCGGCGGCGGCGGCGGCCGUUGCGGGGGUGGGGCGCGGCGGCGGUGGCGCGGAGCCACGGCAGGAGCGGAGCCGGGCCCGGGGCUGGGCCGGCGUCGAACGCAGCGAAGGCCGGAGCAGGAUGGAACCAGGUGAGGAGCUGGAAGAGGAGGACUCUCCAGGUGGCCGUGAGGAUGGCUUCACCGCCGAGCACCUGGCUGCAGAGGCCAUGGCAGCUGACAUGGACCCCUGGCUAGUGUUUGAUGCCCGCACAACGCCUGCCACUGAGCUGGAUGCCUGGCUGGCCAAGUACCCACCAUCCCAAGUUACCCGCUAUGGGGACCCCGGUUCACCCAACUCAGAGCCUGUGGGCUGGAUUGCAGUGUAUGGGCAGGGCUACAGCCCCAACUCCGGGGACGUGCAGGGCCUGCAGGCAGCCUGGGAAGCUCUGCAGACCAGUGGGCGGCCCAUCACACCGGGUACCCUGCGCCAGCUCGCCAUCACCCACCACGUGCUCUCGGGCAAGUGGCUUAUGCAUCUGGCACCGGGCUUCAAGCUGGACCACGCCUGGGCUGGCAUUGCCCGGGCCGUGGUUGAAGGCCGGCUUCAGGUGGCCAAGGUGAGCCCACGGGCCAAGGAGGGUGGGCGCCAGGUCAUCUGUGUUUACACGGACGACUUCACGGACCGCUUGGGUGUACUGGAGGCGGAUUCAGCCAUCCGUGCGGCGGGCAUUAAGUGCCUGCUCACCUACAAGCCUGAUGUCUACACCUACCUGGGCAUCUACCGGGCCAAUCGCUGGCACCUCUGCCCCACUCUCUAUGAGAGCCGUUUCCAGCUUGGGGGCAGUGCCCGUGGCUCCCGAGUGCUUGACCGUGCCAACAACGUGGAACUGACCUAGAGGGGCCAAAUUGGGGAGACUGCCCACUCCCCGCUCCAUGCUGGGGUUGGAUCCUCCUGUCUUCCUCCUUGUCCCAUGAAGGCCACACCCCCCAGCUCUGGGGACUCCUAGGUCACUUGGGAACUACCUGCAUCUUCAGUCCCCUUGAACUUCUGCCCUCUGUUCAGGGCUGACACAAGCCCCACAGGCUGGGGGGCUCCGGUUCCCUGAGGGAUGAGCCUUCAGCCUCCCUUUGUAAUGCUGCUCCUCUCCACUGCCCAGCACCAUGAGUUGGGUGCAGACACCUAGGAGGAGAGACUUCUUGGAACGCUCAUCCCCCGCUAUACCUCCCCUUCCUCCUGCAUCUCCCCUUCUUUCCUUCCCCCUCAGGAGAGAGAAAACUUAGUGCUUCCAGCCCUUCUUGGAGCCUUCAUGGUCCAGGGGUAGGGGCCCCACUGGCCUGAGCAUGCCAUUUUGAGGGGAGGGUAGUUGUGCCUACUUAUCCCCUGGCAGAGGGGAUGCCAGGACCAUGGACAUGAGGCUUGCCCAUCCCUGCCAACUUACACAGCCUGUACCACUGUCCCCCCUUCCUUGGCUACUUUGACAUGUGCCUGCUCCUGGCAUUUCAAUAAAACCCGGCUUGGGUCUGUGUCUUGAGUGUUUUUUAAAA